CAGAGACAACAGAUUCAUCCGAGGAAGAGUGGCAGUCGAUUUCUGAUCUGGCCAGCGCCUGUCGGAACAUUCUGGAAGCUUUGUCUCAAGAAGAUCGGAAGUCAGGAGAUGGAACUCACGCGACUAUGACCCAGCCAGGUCAGACGGAAACCAAGUUUAAAGACUUCAAGGACAGUGACUCGCCUGGUCACCUCGAGGAGAAAGUGUCCCAGUUAGAGGCCAUGCUGAAGCGACUGCAGGACGACCUCCAAAAGGAGAAGGAGGACAAGGCAACGCUGCAAGCAGAAGUGCAAAGUCUCAGGCAGAACAACCAGAGGUUGCAGGAAGAGUCCCAGAGUACCGUGGCGCGGCUCAUUAAGGUCACUGAACUGCUCUGCAACGUCAACAAACCCUGCUAGCAUUGAAGGCCAAACCAUGGCAGCAAGCAAGAUCAACAGACUGAUCUAAAGGCCGAUGCAAAACUUGCAAACAACGCCCUAAAACUUCUCUUAAGUGACAAGAACAUUGGCAAGCCUUACUCGAAAAGUGCACGAAAACAAACUGGUCGGCUAAAGUACAUUCUUACUCAAAAUAUACUUAAUAUAAUUAACAAGUCAUCCAAAUCUCUGUUUCACCCUAAACAGUUUUCAGGGCUAGAUUCACAUAUAGUCCCAUCACUGUGACAGGUUGUUAACAAUGAUAGCCUUCUGUGCAAGAACCAGUCUCGCAGGAAACACUUAAUCAUUACUGUUUUGGAAGCAUGCCCUUAACAUCGGCUAAUGUUGUUUACAAGCAGUUCGAAACCAUCUGACUGAUCCAAAUUAAUUAUUUGAAACCCUCAGACCUGACUUGAGAAGACAUUUAGUGUCAUUAACUGUUCAAAUUCUUAUUAUACUUUUAAGUAUUUCUUCCCUACAUAGUGAACCGUGUCCCGAUACCUAGCAAUACAUUCCCCUUACCUGUGUUGAAAUGGCUUCAGGAGUUCCAGACCAUGUACUUCAGUGUAUAUACAGUUUCUUACUAGAAGAAAAAUAUUCAAAUAUCAGUGUGACUGUAACCCUCUAUUAACCAUCACAGUGUCAGAAAUGGGUUGAACUCGAUCUGACCUUUUCUCUGUUGGCAAUGGGGUAAAAGGCUGGCUUCUCACUUAUCUCUGGAGUGAAUAUGCGAAUACCAAGAGCGAGUCAAACUGAAGGUGAAAAUCUGUGCAUUUUGGUAAACACAUUUUUUUUAGGACUACCCUUGUGAAAAAGAAGUGCGCUUAAUUGGAUUGAAUGUGCACUUGAAGUUUACUUCAAUACUUAAAAAGUAUAUUUAAAAAAAAAACUUGCAGAUAAUAUUAGCUACUGAAAUAAAAGGCCACUUAAGUGUACUUAAAGUACAUUUAAGUACAGAUUUAAUAGUCUUUUGUCAUGUUUCAAAGUUUUAAAUUAUUUUGAUAAGUUUAAAGUUAAGAUAUUUUGAAUAUAUUUUAUUACAUGACAUACAAUUUUUAAUAGAAAUUAAGUAUAUUUUAGUUUACCAUAAAUGCUUGCUGGUUUCAAAGACAUUAAAAAUGAUAGUGGGUCAAAAAUGCACUCUAAAUUUCAGCUAACUGCAUUUAAUAUAAAUUCAAACUAAAAUACAUUUUCAUUUAAUUGAAAAUAACUAUUACAUUCAUUUCACACUGAAGUAUAUUCUUUUAAAGUAUAUUAUUACUCUUUAUUUUAAAAAUAUGCUUUUAAAAAUACUUUUUCACAAGGGACAAGUCAAAAUUGUGUUCUGUGGUAAUCAACAGCAUGUUGUCAGUUGAAUAUUCCUUGUUUUUGGACAAAUAAUUUGAGAAUAGCCGUUUUUUUUUUUUAUUGAGACUCACUGGACACUUUUUUUUAAUCGAUCAAUGAUAUUUACUGACGCAUACCCAGCUAAUUUCACAAAUUUCACGGUUGUUUAGCUGUGAUUUCAGCAAUUGGACAGUGUCUGAGAUCUGAAAUUUUACAUUCUCGUGAAUGUGUGUCUGUGUGUGUGUGACUGUGCGCAUGUGUUUUUUAAGUCUUAUGUCUGAUCCCACUGAAUCUGAAUGAGCCUUGCAGACACUUGCUUGAAAGACAUUGAUUUGAGAAGAAAACUGUUCUUAGUGUUAAGUUACGAAGGGAAGCAAUGACUUAAAGUAGUACAUUUCUUUUAAUAUAUAUUGCUUCAAGUGUUUGCUGCUCACAAAGAAUUAAGAGAAGAGCCAGACCAGAUCACAAAUUGCCUAGAGUGCUUUACAUUGAAUUGUGAGACGGCACAUAUUUAUAAAAUUGCUAUUUUGUCUCUUUUAUUUUCCAUAUAAAAUCUUUCUUUACCUCACCUAAAGGUGCACUGAUAAUAACAUGAAAAUGUGACGAGAAGAAGAGCAUAUUGACUGGACUCACACUCAUAAAACAAGCCGGACUGAAGUUGAAUGAAUCACACGGCACCACCACAAACCUACAUGCAAAGGGAAACGAAGCAAAAUGUUAAAUAUCCAUACAUCAUACAUGGUUUCUCCCCUUCAAAUGUUGAGUUUUUUUUUAUUUUAGAGUCACUGUGAUAACUUGGUACCAGCAGAUUCUAAUGUAUUACAAUGGAAUUAUAAAUCUAUAUCUUUAUUCCUCUCUGUGAAGAUAUGUAGAGCCAAAAUAAGUGUUACUUCCCUCUGAUGUGUGUAAGUCUAUAUCCAGAUGGAGCUGGAGUUUACUGAUUAGUUGUUACCAUUAGUGGAGAAUUUAUUGAGUUUGAUGAAUGCAGCGCGAUAAUUGUUACAGACAGGAAUAACACUGAUGCAGCUUUUAUGCAAUCAGUAAUGCAUUUUGUGGGGUUUACUUAGCAAAAGAGCAAUGUAAAAGAACUAUUUCCUGUUCAUCUGUGUGCGACAUAGUCUUUUAGACGGGAGGCUGAGAAAGCGCGCGAGUGCAACAAGCAAUUUCUAAGCCACCUUCUGUAUCUGUGUAUGUAUUUAUAAAAAUGUAAUAACUUAUUAAUCUUGAAAAUGUGGAUGUUAUUGCUAGAUAUGUAUAUUUGAACUGGAAGGGAAGAGAUGCAAAAUUGUGAUCCAAUGAAUGUUUAAUUUUAUUUUAUUUUAAAUUGUAAGAGUAUUAAGGCAUGACAUGAUAGCAGGUCAUAUUUUGAUUUACCUGAAUAAUAACAACAACCGUCGAGACGCUUUCCGUAGUGGAAAACUACUCUCUGAAAUUACACUGGAAACAAACUCAAAAGGACAGUGCGAGUUGCAACCGUGGCUGCUUAAAAAAAAAAAAAAAAGAAAAAAAAGUGUGACAUUCCAUCUUUUCAUGUUUUUAAUAAUUUUAUCAUUAUUUUUUUACUGUCAAAGCUGUAUUAUACCUUUUGUUAGAUACUGAAAUGUUAACUCUUAACUGCUGUGGUGGCCCAAGUGGUUUCCAGUUUCAUUGUUAUUAAUGAUACGAUCGGGACACUUUAUCAGCAAAUAAUCCCUAUCUUUUUUUUUAAGGCACGGUAUUUCAUGGAGCCAUGAAUGCUUUUCAUCAUAUAGUAAUGCUUAAUGUUUGAUUUAUGUAUUAAUGAUGCAAUUCUGUUGUUUACAAAAUGUUGGUCCUUUUGAUUUUUAAUGCGACUUUUAAAGUACAGCCUGCUUUCACUGGAACAAAGCCACAGUCACUCCAGGGAAUGAAGCCAUGCAAGUCAUGCAGAUAAACUAGCAUAGUCCACUGGAAAUUUGUGACUGGAUUGUUGUAGUGCCAAAUUUUGUAUUGUUCCACUACCAACAACUGUGGUAUUUACAGACUGUACAAUUAAAAGCCUCUUACAAACUA